AUGCAAAAUAACAAAAGUAAAAAUAUUUCUGAACCAAUUGAUAACGAACUUUCAACAAUGGUUAGUUUUGAAGUUCCAAUCCAAAAAGGUCGAGAGGAGAAUAACGUUUUUUGGUAUCAAGACUAUGUUAGCAACAAUAAACCUUCUUUAAAUAAUUUUGAAACUAAAAAACCUGUGGACGACCAAUUUAAAUUUGAAGAAAUAAUAAUAAACGAAACAUUGGGCUUCUUAAAAACUUUAGAGCGCGAAUCCCGUCCAAUACCUAAGUUUUAUGCAUCCAAACCUGAAGAUCUUAUUGUAGAUACUAAUAAUACUGAAGUUACUGAAGCAAUCGGUAAUUCUGUAAAUGAAAUCAGUGGAGACCAGCAAUCCUCCAAUUCCCCAGUUCCUUCAACAAAAAGUAAAGAGGUCAAACAACCCAGACAGAAACGAACAAUAACCGCAAGAAGCUCUAGGAGCCCAAGGAGCCCUAGGAGUCCAAAGAGCCCUAAGAGUCCGCGGACGCCAACGACUCCCAGAAGCCCGAAAAACCCUCCAAAAAGAGCACCUAAAAAAUUGGAUAAAGUAUCAAACACGACUCCAAGUGAAAUGGAGGUUGAACGAAAACCAGAAAGAAAGCCUCUAUUAAGCCCUGAGAAUGCCGAUACAUCAAAUAAUGAUGAAAACGUAACUCAGAAAAAAUCAGACGACGUAAAUAUUGAAAAUAGUAAGAAAAGAGUACGAACGAGCACCAAAAAUUCACCAAAAGAGAAAGUUGCAACUACAGCUACAACUACCUCAUCAACUUCUUCAAACUUAACACCUAUGACUUCUUCAAUUUCAAACUUAACAUCUACGACUUCAUCAACUUCAAGUUUAACAUCUCUGACCCCAUCAAUUUCAAAUUUAACAUCUCUGACUCCAUCAAAUUCAACCUUGACAUCUCUGACAUUAUCAUCGCAAGAAUCCCCAUCAGAGGAAUCAAAAUCUCCUACUAUUAAAAAAAUGCUUUUGAAUUAG